AUGGCGCCAGAAUUUGCGGUCGCUCAAGCUAAAACGUCGUGCAAGCGAUGUCACCGACGAAAGAAAAGAUGUGAUCGCGGGUUGCCCCAAUGCAGGAAUUGUAGCGGGGCUCAAGUGUCGUGCAGCUUCCUCGAUGAUGAUCGUGUUAUGGCAUCUUACCCCGUCAAAUACGUUCGCAGUCUCGAGGCAAAAGUGAAGUCUCUCGAAAAGGAUUUCGAUUCACUACGACCCGCGACAGGAAGGGAGCUAGACUCUCAAGCGCAACUCAUAAACCUGGAUCCAAAUGAUAUCGAGAUUACCUUCGGUAAUCAAGAGACUGAUACAAACAGCACGGACAUGCUCCAUGAGCCCUCGUCUAUCCAGCUGCCUCUCUUGCAGUCCUCACCUUCCUUCGUCGAAGAGCUCAAAAUUCUCUCCUUCGAAGCAACGGCUGACCGUCAUCUUGGAUCUUCCUCCGGCCUCUCUUUCGCCAAGUUGACACAAACCGUCCUCCGGCGUCUGAACCCCGACAAGGCCGACUUUAGCUUCACCAAUUUUGGAACUGAGGAUGGUAUGUGGCCGCAGUUUAACCUUCCGUCCUCGACUUCAAAUCUCUUGGAUUCAACGUUGUUCAGUGGAUUCAGAGAUCCUUUCAUGUGCUACCCUUCGAUGCUUGACGGCUUCUCCCCGACCGCGCCAAUCGAACCCAUCUCCCCCUCAGAGCAACAGGUCUCCCUUGAAGGCAGUCAAGUUGACCAGCUCAUACGUUUCUACUUUGCUCACUCGCACACGUUAUACCCAAUUAUUCACCGUGAAGAGUUCAAUAAGAUACUAGAGCAUGUGCGGCGAGCGGAUCCUCAGUGUGCUUUAGCACAAUCUUCUUUGUGUCAGUUCCGCCUGUGGAUGGUCCUUGCCAUUGGAUCGACAGCGCAAUGCUCAGUCACCCUUUCAGAUGAGUCCGAAUCGAUGAUGUAUUACAACAAAGCUCUUGAGCACUUCGAGGGUGCUCUCGAUUAUGGAUACAUGGCCGCGUUGGAAGUUAUACUUCUCCAAGUGUCUUAUUCUUUCUUUAACCAGCUUGGACCCAAUACAUGGACUUUGGUUGGUCUCGGUGCGCGUAUGGCAAUUGGAUUGGGCAUGCAUGCUUCCUCAACCUAUGAAGGCCUACCAGUCGACGUGUCUGAAAAGCGGAAGAGAAUCUUCUUUUCCGUUUACAUGAUGGAUCGCGUAGUUUCUAUAGCUCUAGGUCGCCCAUUCGCCAUCAAUGAAGAUGACAUUGAUGUGACGCCCUUCGCAGUGGAGAAUGAUAGUGGCGUUGGGGCACAAGUUGAUCUGCCCGAGAAUUCAUUCAAGCCUUCUAUGAUGGCCGUUCCUCGUCACAUCCUCGAGCUGCGGCAGAUUGCCAGCAACAUCACGGCUUCAGUCUAUUCGCACCGAAAGUCAGCCAGCCUAAAUGCCGAACAGCGCGAAGAAGUAUCAAACUCCCUUCAUCAGAGACUUCUUCACUGGCGUCGCAAUAUGCCAUUUCCUCUUCCAAACACCGACGCUGCAGUACCGCACCUCACCAGCAGCUGGUAUGACUUCAACUAUUAUCUCCACGUUGCCAUGUUGUAUCGACCAUCUCCGCUGUUCCCGACUCUGACAGAACCCCGUCUCAAAGUACUAGCGGAGGCUGCCUCCAUGUCGAUUCGUCAAGUAUCUAAUAUGCACCGACAAAAGUGUCUUGCCUACAAUUGGCUCAACCUUCUCUCGAUAUUUACCGCAACUUUGUCCCUCAUAUACGCUACAACUGUCCAACCUGAUAAUCUCACCUCUGUUUUGAGAGACAAGAGAGCAGUAGCGGACCUUGACUUGACUAUCGAGCUAUUUGAUAAGCUUAGCGUCAAGUUCCCUGUGGCUGGCAAGAUAUGUCGGAUGAUUGAACAGAUAUCUAGCAGGUACAAAGAAAUGAUGGAAGUCAACGAGGAGUGAGCCAGUGAGUUAUGAAAUCGGUUACUGCUAUUGUUGUAAUGUUUUUCAGCCAAUACUUUCUAUACAAAAGAUG